AUGAGGCCCCUCAGCCUCGGGUGGCUGCUCACCUCCAUCCUCCCCCUCACAACCGCCCUACCCAACAGCACAACCGAAGUCGACCUGAUCUUCCCCCGUCCAGACAACACCUACGCCCCAACACCCUCUGGCCUCCCCGUCCUCAUCUCCCUCCACAACCCCACAGCCGCGAACCACUUCGGCUGGACCUUCCGCUGGGGCGUCUACAAACAACCACACCCCGACAUCGCCCACCGCCUGCCCCUCAACACCAUCUCAGCCGCCAUCGGCAACGACACCACGUGGCCCGACAACCCGCACCUCAUCACCGACGCGACGGGAAAGCCCCUCGAGCCCGGCACCUACACCUUCCACUGGAACCUCCGCGGCAGCCACUGGUGCGAGUUCCUCCCGGGGAGCGCCGAGUACUCCGACGAGCUCUUCCUGACCAACGGCUCCUUCUCCUUCACGGUCGCCAGCGGCGCGCCGACGCCGACCUUCACGGGUACGUGUCCCACGGCGCUGGGCGUCGUGGACUACGUCUCGACGACGGUGUACCGGGGGUUGCCGUGGGACGAGGAGCACGGGGACCCGGCGACGCAGACGCUGACGUGCGCGGUCACGAGGAGCGUGAGCGUUACGGCGGAGCCGUGUCUUGCGACGGUGGACGCGGCGCAGGAGACGAGUGUUUCGAAGAGGAUGGGGUGGGGGGAGUAUGCCACUGCUGCUGCGUCUGCCACGGGGACUGGGUCGUUUGGGAGUGGGCGCGGUGUGGUGGUGCCGUUCUUGUCUUGGGUGUUCGUGGGGAUCGGUGUCGUCUUGGUUAUUUCAUAA